UUUCCACAUCUUCUCGCACUUUCCAUCCCACUCCAGUCUCGGGCUACGCACUGAACUUUGCCAACAACUGCUGCUUGCACACUCGUUUUCGUUCACCCUUCUUCAUCCCCGGUCGUUCAAAGACGAGGAGGAAUUUUUGUAAAUUCGGAAAACCACCCCCCUCCAAAAACUCACACCUUUCAAGAUGGCGGACAUGAACGAUGGGACGAUACUUCAGGCGGAGGAAUUGAUUCCAGUUGCAACAGAGUCCGAAGCGGAAUGCCUGGAAUUGGGGGGUGCAGGGUCACUUGCGAGACGACCGUUCGAUCCAGUUGCUUGUGAACUGGAUGCGACUUUCCGCCUAACAAAAUAUGCUGAUUUAAAAGGAUGAGGGUGUAAAGUCCCCCAGGAGGUUCUCACGAAACUCUUGGAGGGAAUACAAGAUGACCCCAGCGCCACCCAAGAAUACAUGCAGUUAGGAGGGGGAGUACCUACGCUGGGUAUUGGGAUGGAUGCUUGUGUGAGUCCACUACGUCAUGCUGGUUUUUGUGUAGUUCAAACUACUGAUUUUUUCUAUCCACUCGUUGAUGAUCCAUAUAUGCAAGGCAAAAUUGCAUGUGCCAAUGUUCUCAGCGAUUUAUAUGCUAUGGGAGUGACUGAAUGUGACAACAUGUUGAUGCUGAUGGGCGUCUCAACAAAGCUGACUGAUAAGGAAAGAGACGUCGUAGUUCCCUUAAUGAUGCGAGGGUUCAAGAAUGGAGCUGUCGAAGCUGGCACAAACGUUCGAGGAGGACAAACUGUUUUAAAUCCUUGGCUCACAGUGGGUGGUGUUGCCACCUCGGUUUGUCAAACUCCAGAAAUCAUCAUGCCUGAGAAUGCUGUCCCUGGAGACGUUCUAGUAAUGACAAAGCCAUUAGGGACUCAGGUUGCAGUUAACGCGCACCAGUGGCUUGAUAUGCCAGAAAGAUGGAACCGUAUCAAGUUGGUAGUAAAUGAAGAUGAUGUUCGCAAAGCAUAUAAUAGAGCAAUGGACUCUAUGGCCAGACUGAAUAGAACUGCUGCGCGUUUGAUGCACAAGUACAAUGCUCAUGGUGCGACCGAUGUCACUGGUUUUGGACUCUUGGGCCACGCACAAAAUCUUGCUCGAAAUCAAAAGGCAGAAGUUUCAUUCGUCAUUCAUAACCUUCCAGUGAUAGCUAAAAUGACUGCUGUUGCCAAGGCUUGUGGAAAUAUGUUUCAAUUAUUGCAAGGAUUAUCAGCAGAGACAUCAGGUGGGCUUUUGAUUUGUUUACCAAGAGAACAAGCGGCAGCAUAUUGUAAAGAUAUCGAAAAGCAAGAAGGUUAUCAAGCGUGGAUCAUCGGAAUCGUUGAAAAGGGUAACCGUACGGCGAGAAUCAUCGACAAACCUCGAGUCAUUGAAGUUCCUGCAAAGGAAAAAGAAGGCGAGCUGUGGUAGCUUACCUUGCCACAAAAACUGCUUACCUCUUACCUUUCCACCAGCACUAUGACUGCAUCAGCGCAAAACAAUAUGUCGUAAAUAAUUUUCUUAAUAAGGCUAUUAUCUUAUUAGCGUUAUAUAGUAAUACAUUGUAAUUGCCUUCACCUUCCUACAAAAAUUAUAGGUUCUCAAUUAACGAUAUAUUUGGACUUUUUGUACCCGAGAGAUUUCUAUCAACAUACAUAUGGAUGUAUUUACAUACUACAAAGUAUUCAAUCUUUAAGUACAUUAUUUUAUGUUUUAUUGUUCUAAUCUGUUUAAGUUGAGAGAUUUUUCACAACCAGAAGUACACAAAAACCAGCGCACCGUUAUCGUCUUCAUCCGUAGUUACGAAAAGUAUUUUUACGCCGUUAAUUAGACCAUUACUCGACGUUAUGUUGUUCCUGCAACACAAAAUUUAAUGCAACUUCAAAAGCCGUUCCAUGUUUAUGGAAUUCAAAAUUGUCAAUUUUUAGAUGAGUUCAAUUUCGUUGUAUGUUUUGAAGUACGCACGAAACUUUGUUAUUUUUUAAAUUCCAACCAUUGUACUACUCGAACCAGGGUAUGAUAGAGUUGUUGCAUUGUAUGAUUGUAAUGGGGCAAAUGGUAUGACGCCAACCCCAUUGCAGGAUUUUUAUAAAUGACCUCUCUGUUGUGACUGCUGGGUGUUCGACGUUUGUGCUUAAAAUAAGUUCUGGGAAUAAGCUCUCGAAUUCUUGUUAUCUUGUUUACUUCAAAAUGUUAAGACAACCUAUUUCUUCAAUAAAUUUAAUAUUUCAUGUA